AUGGAGAGUCGAGUGCCAUCUUAUCCCUCCAUCUCUCCCUCGUUCAGGGUUCUGAAUUCACAGAACAUCGCUCUCGAUCCUCACAGUUGCCAUACUCUCAGACUCGACCAGAACAUAGCAUUCACAAAGCAGAAGCUCAACUACCAAGAUCCGGCUUUCACAAUGGCCGAAGCAUUCCUCUACGAUCUUCUCCAAAUGCAAAACAGCGUACAGAAUAAGGAUGAGACCUGUGCCAUAUGCAUGGAAGGGUACGGCACCCUCUGUCGUGAGACCGGAACCAUCGAGGUGGAAAUGCGCCUUCCUUGCAACCAUUCUAUCGGCUCAGCAUGCAUUGCUACCUGGCUCAAAGAACACAAUUCAUGCCCAAUUUGCCGGCGGGAAUUUUUCCCAGCACAACCACGACCCUACCUCGAGCAUGGCAUCCUGGACGGUCACGAGAAUGGGGAGAUCGAGGAUGAAGGCGAUCGGCCGAGUGUUAGAGAACUCAAUCACAAUUUCUGUGCUCAGCUCGGACUUGACAUGCAAAUCACCGUGGUCUCGGGAUUGAUAAUCCAGAAGCUGGUGGAGAUGGAGAGAUGGAAUGAAGAUCACACCGAAUGGUGCAUCGUUGCAGUGAGUAUCUACAUCGCCUCUUUUCUUGCAGGCGAGCCGAGAUCUGCAAGAGAAGUAGCUGCUGUGACACGCGUUGAUGCCCAUCACAUCCGCUACACCUACGAUCUCAUCUACCCUGAGCGGGAACAAAUCGUCGAUGCCGAUUUCCUUUCCUUAUUGGACAACGCCUUCGAUGAGGUAGAUCCCUUGAAUUGGCCUGCUCCAUCCAUGACCGAUGAGGAGAUAGAGUACGACCAUGUAUCGGAAUUGCUCAGGGUAGGUUGCGAAGAAGGUUCCGACGAGCUUAGAUUGGACGACAGAUUCGUCGACUUCAGUUACAGUAUUGCUGACCAUCUUCACGACUUGGGCUUCAUGUCUCAUCUUCAUCCAAGGUGGAUGACAGCGAUCGGUCUUUUCAUGGCUUCUCAUAUGCUCGGUAGCCCUGUCACUGCCCGACGGGUUGCGGAAGUGGUCGGUACAAGCGAGUCGAUUGUCCGCAAUGCCUACCGGCGUGUGUACUCCUGUCGUUAUCAGCUUGUUGGGGAAGAGUGGUUCGGCAGAGAUGAUGCGGCGCGUGCGAUUGGGCGUUUACCUUCUCCUUGA